UCUGGAGAAAUAACGGCAACUCAGCAAAGCAGCUUAGAGAUCUCCAUGUCACCUGCUCAAGGUGACUCCAAGUGUUUCGAUGACGAUGGCCGUCUCAAAAGAACAGGGACCUUUUGGACUGCAAGUGCUCAUAUGAUAACUGCAGUAAUUGGUUCCGGUGUUCUCUCUUUAGCUUGGGCCACUGCACAGCUUGGCUGGCUUGCUGCUCCCAGUUUUUUUCUCUCCUUCGCCCUUGUCACUUACUACACUUCUUGCUUGUUGGCCUCUUGUUACCGUUCCGGUGAUCCUGUCACCGGAAGGAGAAACUAUACUUACAUGGAUGCUGUCCAAACUUAUCUUGGUGAUUUCAAGGUUAAAAUUUGUGGGGCAAUUCAAUACUUGAAUCUCUUUGGGAUGGCUAUUGGAUACACAAUUGCAGCAUCUAUAAGCAUGGCGGCUGUAAGAAGGUCUAAUUGUUUCCAUGAUAGUCAUGCGAAGGAUCCUUGCCAUUUCUCCAACAAUAUUUAUAUGCUUGCAUUUGGUGCCAUCAAUAUAUUCUUUUCACAAAUCCCACAUUUUCAUCAGAUCUCUUGGCUUUCGAUUGUGGCUGCUGUUAUGUCCUUCACCUACUCUUUAAUAGGUCUUGCACUUGGUAUUUCCAAAGUUGCAGAGACCGGAGAAUUUAAAGGAAGCCUUACUGGGAUUAGCAUUGGUACGGUUACUCAAACACAAAAGAUAUGGAGGAGCUUCCAAGCACUCGGGGCUAUAGCUUUCGCCUGCUCCUACUCUCUCGUCCUUAUUGAAAUUGAGGAUACCAUAAAAUCCCCCCCUUCAGAAUCCAAGAUCAUGAAGAAAGCUACAGGAUUGAGUGUUUCUGUGACAACCGUUCUCUACAUGAUGAUUGGAUGCUUUGGAUACGCAGCAUUUGGAGACCUCGCCCCCAAAAACCUCCUCACUGGAUUUGGAUUUUACAAUCCCUUCUGGCUUGUUAACAUUGCCAACAUAGCCAUAGUAGUCCACCUUGUUGGUGCCUACCAAGUUUCAUGUCAACCCUUAUUUUCAUACGUCGAAAAACAUGCAGCAACAAAAUUUCCCCAAAGCACCUUCAUUAAUAAAGAAUACAACCUCAAGGCAUACAAGCUCAAUCUUUUCCGCUUGGUUUGGAGGAUACUUUUUGUGAUGAGUACCACAAUCAUACCUAUGGUCAUGCCAUUCUUUGAAAACAUUGCUGGCAUUCUUGGAGCCAUCGGGUUUUGGCCACUGACAGUUUACUUUCCGGUGGAGAUGUAUAUAGUCCAAGCAAAGAUACCAAAGUGGAGCAGCAGAUGGAUUAGUCUGCAGAUGUUGAGUGUUGCUUGCCUAAUCAUCUCUAUCGUGGCUGCAGUUGGUUCAUUUGCAGGAGUCGUUACUGAUCUCAAGGCUUAUAAGCCAUUCCAGACCAACAACUAGCUAGUACUACCAUUCAGUGGCGGUGCCACAUUAGGGCACCUGGGGCUCGUGCCCCUCCAACUUUCAAAAAAACAACUAUAUUUUUGUGGGUCCCACAUGUAUUAUUAACAGGUGCCCCCAGCUGAACUAUGUGAUUAGGGUUAUGGUGUCCCUUUAUACAUUUGAUCCUGGCUCCGCCAAUGCUACCAUUGGCCAAAUCCUUAUUCAUUAAGGAGCAUUGCCAUGAUCAAGCUGUACUAACUUUCAGUAUAUUUAACUAAGCAUAUACAUUUGUAAUUACUUUCAAUCGAUUUAGACAAAUCGAUACCAACAUUCUUUAAAGAAUCUGGCAACAUAUGUA